CGUGUGCCGCUUGUGGAGCGAGUGUGUGCGCAGAGUGCUGCGGACCCACCGGAGUGUGACCUGGAUCUCCGCCGGCCUGGCCGACGCCGGCCGCCUGGAGGGACACUGCCUGGUCCGCGUGGUGGCCGAGGAGCUCGAGAAUGUUCGCAUCCUGCCCCAGACAGUGCUCUACAUGGCCGACUCCGAAACGUUCAUUAGCCUGGAAGAAUGUCGCGGCCACAAGAGAGCAAGGAAGAGAACCAGCAUGGACGCGGCUCUAGCCCUGGAGAGGCUCUUCCCGAAGCAGUGCCAAGUCCUUGGGGUCGCGACCCCGGGAAUCGUAGUGACGCCAAUGGGCUCCGGUAGCAAUCGACCUCAAGAAAUUGAAAUUGGAGAAUCUGGCUUUGCUCUACUAUUCCCUCAAAUUGAAGGGAUAAAAAUACAGCCUUUUCACUUUAUUAAAGAUGCAAAGAGUUCAGCGCUGGAGAGGCAUCAGCUCGCGGAAGUAGGUCUCUUAGAGAACCCUGACCUCCGCGUGGUCCUCGUCUUCGGCUACAAUUGCUGUAAGGCGGGAGCCAGUGACUUCCUGCAGCGAGUGGUCAGCACUUUCAGCGACGUGAACGUCAUUCUGGCUGGGGGCCAGGUGGACAACCUGUCGUCCCUGACUUCAGAGAAGAAGCCUCUGAAUGUGGACGCCACGGGUGUGGUCGGACUGUCGUUCAGUGGGCCCCGAAUCCAGAGUGCCACCGUGCUGCUCAACGAGGACGUCAGUGACGAGAAGGCGGCCGAGGCUGCCAUGCAGCGGCUCCGGGCAGCCAACAUCCCGGAGCAGAACACCGUGGGCUUCAUGUUCGCGUGCGUGGGCCGGGGCUUCCAGCACUACAGAGCCAGGGGCAACGUGGAGGCCGACGCGUUCCGGAAGUUCUUCCCUAGCGUUCCUUUGUUCGGCUUCUUUGGAAACGGAGAAAUUGGGUGUGACCGGAUAGUGACCGGGAACUUCACGCUGCGGAGGUGUACCGAGGUCAGGGGCGACGACCUGUUUCACAGCUACACGACCAUAAUGGCGCUCAUCCACCUGGGGUCUCCGAAAUAAAGCCACCGCCCACGUGGCUGUUUUGAGAGACAACUUUUGGAUUCUGCCUUUCUCCAGAAGUGGAGACGGGGGUAUGUGUGUUUCAGACAGAAACAACGUAAGACGCAUCCGUUUCGUGGUUUGAUGCGCUGAGAUCACGGGGCGUAGCCCGCCAUGUGUUGGGGGGACAGCUUUGGGCAGGACGCAGCCCAGGGGUCGAAGCUGCGCGAGGCACAGGCAAACCGGUCCCGGCUCUUCGCAGCCGGUUAUGUGGCCGUGGGGCUCGGGACUGGAGGUGGGAGGAAGGCGAGGGGGCCCAGUAGGACAGACACCCACCCAAGGCGUUCCUCAGCUGCCUCCACUUGCUGGUGAUCUUUGAACGGAAUCGCGGAGACCGGUUUUCUCAACGGAGGAGUAAACGCAGAGCUGGCUGGCUGAGGAAUCCCUGCUUUUCAACCUCGCCCGUUUUUUUCCAGAAACUAACAGUAUUACCGACUUUUUACUUGAUAAAAACUGAACAACUAUUUUUGUUCUGGUAGAGUUCAGAUAAAUUGCCGGGGUUAAUAAUCAGGAUUUUACUUUAUCAGUAAAACAUUUUCCUUUUUCCCCUCAAAGAAAUUGAGAGAGAAAUCUUCACCUAGUUCAACGCAGCUAAUGAGUAGACCGGAGAAUUACAUCACCUGACUUUGGUUUUAUACCAAUAAAGCGUAUCGUGGAAACGGU